UUAAAAUAACUGAAUAACUCGCUUCCAAAUUCCAGUGUCAGUGACAGUGUCUCUCUAGUCCGGUUUUUUUUAUCUCCUUUUAAUAAUUUCAUAGAGUAGGUUAGUUAUUUUGCCAUUUAAAUAGGUUAUUAGUUUUUGUUGAAAUCAUCGUUGCCAAGUUGGUUUGGCUGUUGUUAUAAAAUACAGGAAACUAACUUACUCUACUGUCAAUAUGAUUCUAAUUUCUACUCUCUCCAUUCCUCUGGAUUCAGACAGGAAGGCUUAACCUAUAGACGAUUUUAGAACAAUUAAAAUAUAUCUUCAAUACCCUGCCCAUGGAAGAUGAUACCUCAGAAGAUUUGUCUAAUGAUUCAGAAUACACAGGAUCUUUUUUGACCGACACUGAUGCAGAAGAGGAGUUAUUGACGUGGGACUCAGAAGACUCACGGCCACCGGGGCCCUCCCCAGACAUCCAUUUAGACAUUCCUUUUAUUGAUCUGGUCACAAAUCAACCUGUUAGAAGAAGAAGAAGAGGACUUACAUUAUCUAUCUCUACCUCCUCCUCUCAGGAGUUGUUUGAGGACGAGGUGUCUUCCCACAGUGAAUCGCCUGUUUCUUCCUCGAGUGCAUCAUUUGUUUCUUCCACCCGCUCGACGGAGGAGUACUUUUCAGAGCCAUCUGAUUGGUCGGAUGAGAUGGCCUUGUCGGCGCCUGGCAGCCCUGCGCCGCUUGCACCACCUGUGAGUCCUACACCUGCGCCCGCCCCUGCGCCUGUGCCCGUCAUUGAGAUACCUUCCUCCCCUGAAGCUCGGUUACCAGUCUCAGCAGGACCUCCUGUAGAGAUUAUUGUAACCAAACCUGUGGAGCAGGCCCAGUUGGAUAGUUCUGUGUUGUCGGAAGGUGAGGAUGGGUCACUCUGUACUAUUUGUAUGUGUCCUCUCACCAACUCCGGGACACACCGCGUAGUGUGCCUACGCUGCGGCCACAUCUUCGGACAGGCAUGCGUGGAGCGUUGGAUAAAGGUGGGGUGUAAUAAUGGAGCCCGACGCUGUCCCACAUGCAACAAAAAGGCUGCACUCAAGGACAUUCGAGUGUUGUACCUGCCCAAGGUAGUGCCACUCGAUACGAUAGAGCGUGACAGAAUCUUGCAGGAAAAGGAAGAGUUGGCAGCUCAGAAAAAAAUGCUGGAAGCAGAUUUUACAAGGACAGUUCUGCAGCACAAACUUGUUGUGGAGAGUUACGAGGAGAAAAUCUCGAAUUUGAAGAAGCAGUUACAGGAGGGACGGCCAAACGAGGAUGUGUUGGCACCACUGAGCCAGGCGGCAGGGCUGGCGGUUGUUACAACUGUCACUAUCAGUUCAGAUGGAGGUUGCAGAGUGAUGGCCUUCAACCCUAUCCGUCAGGAUCUGGUGGUGUCACAGCCCUCAGGCAACACGUUGUUUGCUGGGUUCGGUGUGCGGGUGCUCAACAGUGUGGAUUGGCAACCUUCCAGGUUUGUGUUGCUUCACUCCAAAGCUGUACGGGACAUACAGUUCCACCCGGAUGACAGGGACAUGAUGCUCAGCGUCAGUCUGGACCAGAACGCUAAACUGUUCGACCUCGGCACAAACACCACUGUGCACACAUUCAAAGUGGGAGGUCCGCUCUGGUCAUGCUGCUGGGAUGCUUCACAUCCUCAUUUGCUGUUGCUCGGCACCCAGACAGGCAAGGUGGUACAGUACGACCGCCGCAUGACAGACACUCUUGUCAACCAAUGGGAGAUAAACAACAACAAGACACCCGUGGUCGCACUAGCUUCAACCCCAUGUAGAGACCGUACACCCUUCCCUCAAGGUGGCUUCUUGUCUUGCAGACUCAACGCGGUUUACUCAUACACACUGCAAGGGACUGACUACAAUUGCUCCGAGCUGGGAGUGGAAGGCCCGUUCAUGUCCAUGAGGUACGACGGUGCAAAACAGAUGAUGAUAACUACAUCACGUGCCAGCAGCCGCUACGCUUACAAUAGAGUUUCUCUCAGUUUACUGGACAAGGACGCCAACAAACAGGUUUGUGCUGCACUGAUCCACUCAUUCAAUUGCGGCUCAUCAUCUCGUAACAUGUCUCGGUCGACCUUGUUGCCGCACGUGGACGACUCACUGAUGGUUGCUCAUAAUGAGAGUGCUCGCCUGCUCGACAUGUGGAGUAGCAAACGAGGCGAUCAUUUACACAGUUUGCCAAUUCGAGAACCGAUCAUUGAUCUCACACCCGUAGACCUGGGCAACAACAAGCCCCCACUUCUGGCAGCUUUGUCAGAAAAGAAACUGACACUGUAUAAAAUCAACAGAUAGGACACUCUAGUUUUAUAUUUAUUUGUUUACUGAUUGUUUUUAAGUUUGUUCAUUUUCCACUCAGCAUGUACAAAACUUGUUUUUUAAACUUUAAGACACAAACGUGCAAGUUUAUUUUUAUCUUCAGCUUGUUCACAGAUUUUUUGGUUUUAGAAAUGUAGAAAAUAUGACGAUUUUGAUACUUCAUACUUAAUAAAAUAAAAUUGACAUAUGCAUAGAUAAAAAGAUUUAUCAACAUUAAAAAUAAGGUAAACUAAGCAAAACCCCUAAUUUACAGUUUAGUCUGUGAUAAAAAUUAAGUAUUGUGUCAUUUAGAAUCAUAAGCUCUCCUAAAAAUCAUUCAAAACAGUUCUCACACCUUAAAAAAAGUUCAUAUAUUGUCUAUAAAGUUGAAAGAAGUUGACUCUGCCCUCUUCUAAUGUAUUGGGAAGAGAGGGAGCUAGAUAAGUGGUGGAGGUUGGGACUUCAGUCCCCAAGGUAUCAGGUUCAAAUCGUAUCUAUCACCAAUGGAUUUGAUCGGAGUGAUAAUGCUGCAAAGACUAGGCUUAGCCUGAAACCAUGUGAAAAAAAUAAUCCAGGACUGGAGCCUACCAUUCUAGGAUGUGAAGGUAUGACAAGGCAAAAAAUAUACUGGGAAAGAAAGUUAGUAAAAAAAAGAUUUACAUUUCCUACCAGCUUUCAAACUCUUCUGUAUGAUUGACCUUGUGCACCUGGUAGUGAAUGUGAAAGUAAUAUAUUUUUCAUAAAGUGUCUGAUAGUGAUAAGUCCAUGAGAACAUUUGGUUUUCUCUUUGCUUUGUUAUAGCUUAAACUUAAAACGUACCUAAUAUAUUUUUGUAACUAUCACAACAAUUAUUUUGACAGUUAUGUAAAAAAU